GCGAGAACAGGGAUGGAGCCGCAGAGAAAACUAACGAUCUCCAUCUUUUUGAGGCAUUAAAAGUCUCUCAACCUCUUGAUGGUUCUUGGAAGAUACGGUAAGGGCAUGGUGGAGAUUUUGAAGAAAGCGAUUGCUCCAUGCCAUUUUCUGAAAUAUAAUUCUUAAAAUCAAAAGAAUAACAACUAAUUUUCUUAUCGUAGACAACAUAGGCAAUGAUACUAAUGAUUGAAUGCUCCACUAUUGAAAGUAAAAAUUGAAGUUAUAAUGAACAACCUUACGUGUUUCACAAUAUUGAUACUUUGUGGUUGACAGCGACGGGGUGCUUGAUUUUGCGAUUUUGAGAUUUUGCUUGCCAUUUAUACAAUUAGGUUUACACAUAUGGCUUUAUGUAGGAGGAGUAGAAAGGGGAGGCGGAACGAAAAACUGAAGAAGAAUUUAAAGUUGAUAAUUGAUUGAUGAGGAGAAGUUCAAAGUAACGUUAAAACUCAUGGAUUGGAGAAGACGGAGUGGGAUUGACAAAAAAAAAAGAUUGACAAAAAAAAGGAGAAGACGGAGUGGAAGAGUUAUUGACUCUCAAAACUUGAGCCGUAAAAGAAUUUGUCAAAAGGGUGGUGAUGGGCUGAAUUAUUGUUUUUACAAAGCCCACACGAAAUGCUCAUUAUAACUCAGCUCAAAUGACAUGGCAAAAAGCCAAUCUCUGAUUGGUCCGAAUUUUUAAUCCUAUGUGGCAUGCAUCUCCAUGGCUUAUAUAUUGCUUUUAGUAUUGUAUAGAUAUCUUCCAGAAGAAAAAAAAGUAUUAACAACAUGUAACACAAAACACAUAAUGAUUCAAUAAAUAUAUCUAUCUUGAUCCAAAACUAUAGCACACGAUACUUUUUUAACUAAUACAUAUAUUAUAUUAUGUUUUUUCUGUCCCAUAAUAAAUUUAUAGUAAAUUUAAAAUUAAUACUUAUAUUACUCGAUAUAGCAAAUGAAAACAAUAUACGAGGUAAUAGAAUAAGUAAAACAGCCACUAAUUAUACAUGGAAACUGAAAUUUUAUUUAAAAUACAAGUACAUUCAAUAUAUACAAAAUGUAAAAUAAUCGAUGUCUUGAGUACUAAAAUUAACCACAACAAUUAAAACUCGAAUAUACUUACUAUAAAUAAAAAAAUUGAGCUAACAUUUAACAAAUGUAUACCAUUUCUAUCAUGUAAAUCAUAUCAUGCUAAUACAACCUUAUAAUCUCUAAGAAUAAUAAUAAAUAAUAAAUAAUUUUAGUUAGACAUAUACAAAGAUGAUAUAAAAUAUGUUCUUAUUAUAAACAAAACAAAAAAGAAAAAUAAUAAGUAAAAAAUAUAAUGUCAAAAAAUAUAUUUGACAACAAAUAUAAAAACAAAAAUAAGUGCCAAAGGGUGUGUAGAGGAUAAGUAGAUAAGGUACUUUAGUCAAUGUAUAAUCCCUAGUAUACAGCUUGUACACAGUAUAUAUACUGUAUUAUACUCAUCUAAUAAACUCAAUUGAGCCAAUACUUCUAUAUAGACAAAACAAAAGCCAUUAGAAACAGUUGCUUCUUAAAGAAAACACAUAUAGACAGAGGUUUGUUUACUUGUAUACCUUCGAGUACUUCAGCAGCGACAAACAUUACUAGACAAGAGAUUACGUAUUGUGGUACGGUGUAUGGAACAAACAAGUUAAAACUGAAGAGAAUCCCGAUAAAGACUAUGAUCUCAGAUGUCAAAAGGAUUUGCCUGCAGUUAGAGAUGAAUGCAUAUCAAGCACCAAGAAGCAUAUGAUCUAGAAUUUCAGUUUGAGGUAAGGGUUCGAACAUGUACCUGUCUUCGAACAUGUUACUGAUGUAACUCCCGACAAGAAUGUUGAUUGGUAGCACUGUGAGGUCAAGGCACGCCAGGAAGAUUGCAACAAAGCUUGUUGUCCAACCAAAAUAGUAUGAAGUAACAACACUAGAUUCCGAAAGUAUAAUAUCUCCAUCGUGUAUUUGAGCAUGAAGUAGAAAAACAGUUUCAAUACCUCAUAUCUUUGAAAGCCAUUGCUGAUUACUUCAGAACUCAAGGUGGAAGAUGAAGAUGAUUGCGAUGAAAGCGAAGAAUCUGCAGAAGAUUCUCGCAGACCUGCAAAAUCUUUUGGUGAUGCAUAUUCAAAUCAACAGUUAUUCCAUCUGUUCGAAGACCUUCCUCGACCACUCUAUUGUUUUCUUCUCUGUCCGUCACUGCAUAUCAUUCAAGAGAGUCCAAUCAAUACUCGUUUCAAUCAGUAAAGGAACAGUUUUCCUAUAAAAACUCUAACAAAAGUAUUACUUAAUGUUGUUUCAUUGUGAUUUCUGUGUGGCAUACCGAAAAUGAAUUUUAAUGCAGAUACACAAUAAUAGUGUCCACGUCAAUAAAAUUAUUUAAAAUAUUUUUUCAGUUUUCAUUCAAUAAAUCUAAGGCAUAAAUUUUCUUAGAAUUUAUGAAAUAUUUGAAUGUUUGUAAAUAUUGAUAUGCGUUCAUGAGCUUCUAAAAAUUUGUCAGUUACUUAUGUAUGUAACCCUAUAGAUCACCGCUUUAUUUUCUAAUAUUUUUAAAAAAAAUCAACAUAUAAUUUGAUAAAUUUUAUGAAAAUACAUGCACAUUUAAGCAAUAAAUAAAAAUAUUUUGAUUUGACUUAAUUAUAAUCAGAAAUAAUUAUACUUGAGCUUGAGUUUGAAAAAAUAAAUGUAACUCAAUAUAUGUACUCACAACAUGAGUGACUCAACUAAUCCAACUUAUACCUAAAUUCAUAGAUUUAAAUACAAUAAAAUAUAUAAUUUUAUACUAAUGAUAUAUCCACUUUAUAAAUAUAAAUUAUAGGAUGACUGAAAACAUAUUAAUAAAUAAAAAUAAAAUAUUAACCAACUGUUACAGUUUAGUUAUUUUGUAAAAUUUAUAUAUAUGCAUGAGACUUUAUAAUAUUAUCAUUAUAUUAAUAUAUGUAAUUUGGAACUGUAGUUUUUUUUUUCAUUUUAAGCACAAUAAUCUUAAGUUAAAUAAUAAUCUUACUAAAAUAUAUUUAAAUAUCUAAGACAACAAUCAACCUAAAUGCAAAUAAGAAAAUUAAUCAAAAUUUUAAUUUAGUUAAAAUAAAAAAAUAUUAUAGUUGAAUUUAGAGAAAUAGAUGAAAUCUAAUAUAUCCAAAUGAGAAUUAAAUUGAUUAUAAGAGCAACAAAAUCGACGAGAUAUAACAUAUCUAAAAUUAUAUGUGUAAUUAAUGUAAUAUAAAAUUAUUAAUAUAAAUUAUACAUACAAAUUAUGAAGUAACUUAAAUUAAAGUAAAUUUCAAUCAAUUAUUAUAAUAUAUUUACUUUAUAAAUAUUUAUAAUCUGUGCAUAAACACGAGAAAGUCUUUUAGUAAAUAUUUUAAAAGAAGUUGAACAUGAUAAAACCGAAUCAUUUUAUAUUGUUCUUCAUUUAGUAGUAGCAUAGAUAUGGUUGAAUAAUUUAUUACCUCUUUUUACGUAAUUAAGAGUACCAAACAAAAAGAUGUGGGAAAAUAUAUAUUUUUUGGAACACGUUAAAAAUAUAUUUAAUGGAGAUUAACUACCCAUUAUAUAAAUGUCGUCUGACUUUGAGAGUAACCAAGCGACUUGUUAAUCUAAACGAUAUUCAACCUGUUCAUCUUCUUUCCCCGCCAAAUCCAACCUCGGCAAUGGCUGAAUCUGACACGCGGGAGACUAACUGCGUGUACGUAGAGACCAGCCUAGACACUCAUCUCCUGGUUCUCCUUCACGACCGUGAAACCAUCUCCGAGUUCAAAGUGAAACUAUGCAAGGAGCAUCAUGAGUGUUUUCCCGAACUUGGAGAAAUUGAUAUAUCUGCGGUUAAGGUUAAUCGUGAGAAUACGAGGGGUCUCCUUUUUGAUUAUCACUUGCCAGAUUCUAUGCUCUUGAGUAUGGUUUUCAACGGCAUCGGUCGUAAUUGUUUGUUUGUGUUUGUUGAUGCUGCCGUCAAAGUUGAAAAUUGUUUAAUCCAUGAGGAAGACAAGAAUGAUUCUCUACUUUUCGAGGAAGAAGAUUUGGAAGUUGAGAAGACAAGAAAGAAGAGGGAACUGGAACUUUCCGAUGGAGAAAAGAGUUGGAAAAAAACAAAGGUUGAUGAUCUUAAUCAAUCUUCUGCUGCUGCUUCAGAAUUUGAUGUUGAUGGGAGUCACGAGUUAAGUGGAAAUGUUCAGCUUCAGCUUGAAGUUGUUGCUACUGAAUCUUCACCGAGAAAAAAACUAGAUGAUGAUACUCUUCCGGAAACAACAACAAGUAAAGAAACUGAGAUGGGUGAGAAAUCUAUGGAAGACGAUGUUGAAACUCAUAAUCUGGUUAGCCACCAGGCAAAUCAUUUAGCAACCAGAUCAGAUACAGAGAAGAAGAGAUCAGAAGAUGACAUCAAUCAGUCUUCUGCAGCUAAAGAAAUUGAGAAAUCUGUGGAAGAUGACACUGAAACCGAAAAUCAUUUGGACACUAACAGUAGGCUAACAGCCGGACCAGACGCAGAAAAGAAGAGAUCAGAAGAUAAAGCAAAUCAAUCCUCUGCUACUACUGCUAUUACAACUUCAAGAGAUAUUGUGAAUGAGAUAGGUAAAUUUCCUGGAAAUGUACCUGAAUCUCUUCCAAUCUCUAGAGGAGAAAAUCUUGAUGAUUCUUUUGCAGAAGCAACUCAAAAAGUUCUCAGAGAUAUUGUGAAUAAGAUUAAAGGAGUUCCUGCUGCAAAUGUUGAUUCUGUUGAUGCUACUCCUGAAUCUCUUCCAAUCGAAAAUCUAGGCAUUCCUUCUUCUACAGAAGCAAGUCAGAAAGAAACUGAGACGAUUCAUGAUACUUUGGGAUGUGGAAAAGCUAUACCAAGUGCUGCAGAUAAUAUCCAGGCCAGUAAUGCUGAAGCCAAUGCCGAUGAGGCUAAAUCAGUGAAGUCUAAUACUAAGACCAAAAAAUCCAAGACCCCAGCUGAAGAAGAAGAAACUCUGGUCGUUUCCUCUGAUGCACACAAUGUUGAUGAGUCUGUCAAAGCUGUGGAAGGAGAAGAGCCUGAUAGUAUUAUCAGAAAUGAAACCGAGGAAAACAAUGCUUCUCUUGAGGUUGCAGACUCCCAAGAAUUGUCAGUUGAUGAUGUAAACAAUGCUGCUUUGGAGGUUGCAGACUCCCAAGAAUUUUCAGUUGAGGUAAACAAUGCUGCUCCGGAGGAGACCCCUCUCAUCAAAGAUGCUGAGAGCGAUGCUUCACUUUUGAGAAAGUGCGCUGAUGAUGCUGUGGAUAAGAGCCUUUCCAAGAAAAGUCUAACUGAUGAUAUGGGAGACAAUUUUGGUUGCAGCCAAAAUCAAGAGAAACCAGAUCAAGUGGCUGGUGGGGCUAAAUCUAAAAAGGAGAAGAAGGGGCUUGAUCUUCAUCCAAGCGGUUCCUCUAAUGGUUCAUUGAGCUCAAUGAAACCGAAAGAGAAAAAAAGUAGAGCUCAACAACCAGCUAGCUCAAGUACAGAUCCUUUGCAGUCAAGGGUUCCAAAUGAUGGCAGUGAUGUGACUUUUAUGUCUAGGAAGCUAAGGAAACAAUCUGGACGGAGUAACAAAUAAGUUUUCAGGGAGCCUACAAGAUAUCCUGAGAAGAUCAAGCAGUUACAAGAAGGCAUUAAUUAGAGCUCAGUCACAACCUGAUAUAGACGAUGACUCUCCCGUAAAUUGCAUUCCUUCUUACCUAUUAUCAUUUUCUGGUUUAGUGCUGACUAAAAACCCGGUAAUGAUGUUUAAAAGUCAUGUCUUAUAUUAAAAGUCACCACAACAUUAGCUAGAUGUUAUGUCUUAUAUUUUGUCGUCAUUGCCUCUUUUUCAAGUGGUUUCAAUAAAUAUUCGUUUCACUUUGUAAAUGGAUCAUAUCAUGUCUCACCACUCCUUGCUUGCUUGCUUGCUUGGUUUCAAAGUGUAUUAAGUUUAUCUUCUAGUUCCUCGGACUACAUGGUUCUCAAUGGGUUAAUGAAUAAAUUUGUAACUAAGCCAUUGUAGACAACACAGUUCGAAGAACUGAAACACAAACUUGGAAUGACUUUGAAAUGGAUCAAGGAGUGAUGAGAUAUGAUAAAAGUAUGCAGCAAAGGUUGUGGUGCUAUUAUCUUUUAAGUUUAUGUGUCUUUAUGUCAAAUAUGAGACUCUUGAUACAGGUAAACCCAUGAGCUAUAAUAAAUAGAGUUGGCUCCCUAAAACUUGAACAUCUAAUUUCUCUUCAUAGACUGUGCCGAAUUGGUAACUGAGACCAACCAGGAAAAAACAGCGCAUUACCGAGUAAUACACUUAGGUAACCAAAAUAAGUUUCCAAUUCUCACAAAAGAAGCAGAAGAUGUUAUAGGAAUGAAAAGAAAGGACAAAAAAACAUAACCGGAUAUUUCAUUCAUAGUUAAACCGGGGAACGGAACAUUAAAGAGUUUUACAAACACAGAAACAGAAACAA